GCUGGGCCUCUGCCUCUGCCUCUGCCUCUGCCUCAGCCUCACUGGUGCCUAUCAAACAUUGGCAUCCACUCAGCUGCUCUGCUGCCUUAGAUAUUACCACCAAAAUGGGAAAGUUGGGGAAGAAGGCAAGGAAGUUUGCAAAAAAGAAUUUGCAGUCUGUUUUGAGGAACAAAAGGAAGUUAAAAUCCAAGUUCAAAAGAAAAGCUUCUCAAAGAGAUAGUCAGGAUAUUGAAGAAAACCAUGAGUUUGAUACAAAGAAUGCUUCAAAUGAAAGAAAAACAGUUGGUGAAGAAUUCCAAACCACUUCCCUUGAUGCUGUAUUCAGUGAAGAUGACAGUGAGGUGCUUGGAGAUGAUUCAGACAGUGAUGGAUUUCUUUCAGAGGACUCAAGCUUUGCACAUGUUGUUGGAAGUGACAAUGAAAAUGAAAGUUAUAUCAAGGACAGCAAUGGAGGCAGUUCCUUUUCUGUGCAAAACAGAGAUAUUCGUGCAGAACUUUUGAAGAAAGCAAAAAAGUUAACCAAGUUGAAAGAAAAGUAUCCAGGGUUUUCUAAAUAUCUGGAAAGUUACAAUGUGGAGAUUGAACAAACCAAAGAUGAAGAAAUGAAUUCCGAUGACGGAGAAAGUUUAGAUGGGCUGCAGCCAGUGAUUGACAACAAUGCAUGUUCUCAUGUGGGUAAACAGAUGACAAGUGCAUACGUUGAUUCAUUGUGUAAACUGGUCAAAGAACAGGAUAGCGUUCCUGCCCUUACUUGUCUCAUAAAUGCUUAUAGGGCAGCAUGCCACAAUGAUGGUGAAGCAAUCAAUGUCAGUGGUUGUGUCUUAUCUCAAGGCACACAGAAGAGUGAAACUUUCAGCAACAUAUUGAUGUUCAUGCUACAUGAGGCUGAUAAUAUAUUUCGGAGGUUAUUGGGAAUAUCAAACUUGAGUUCCAGGAAGGAAACUAUUUUGGAGCUAAAGAAUACAACAAAAUGGUUGUCUCUUAGACCGCUUAUUAAGUCAUAUAUAAGAAGUACUAUGUUUCUCCUGAAUCAGAUCACUGACUCUGAAAUAUUGGCCUUCUCAAUUUGUCAACUCAGAGCCUCAAUGAUUUUUCUCUCUGCAUUUCCAUCUUUAAUGUGCAAUCUUCUUGAGAUUUCUGUUCAUAUCUGGGCAACAGGUGAUAGGUCUCUGUCAUCACACUCCUUUCUCAUUAUACGAGAUAUAGCUUCUGUGUUUGGAUCAAAUUGGUUUGACUUCUGCUUUGUCAAAACAUACAAGGCCUUCAUUAGUCACUCUCAAUUUGUUGAGAAAAAAUUUGAGCAUAUACAUUUUCUAAGGAACUGCUUUGUGGAGCUAUGCUGUAUAGAUAUGCAGAAGUCAUCUAACAAAGCAAUCAUAUGUAUACUGUAUCUGGGUAAGAUAUUGCACAAAGGGUGGGAAACCAAAGAAAAGGAAGUGGUUAAGACAAUUUGCAGUUGGCAGUACAUCAAUUGUGUCGAUCUCUGGGUUACAUUUAUAUCAGCAAACAUACAUGACUAUGAUCUUCAGCCAUUGCUGUAUAUGAUCGUACAGAUUAUAAAUGGAGUUGCUCUCCUGUUUCCUGGGCCUAGAUAUUUACCACUGAGACUGAGAUGUAUCCAAUGGCUGAAUCAUCUUGCUGAUUCUAGUGGGGUUUUCAUCCCUGUUGCAUCAUUGGUGCUGGAUGUUUUAGAAUACAAAAUUACUAAGGAUAGUGGGAAGCCUAGCAAAGUCAUUGAACCUAUGUCUACCAUAAAGCUUCCAAAGCAUUGGUUAAAAUCACAUGACUUCCAAGAACAGUGUGUCUCAUCUGCCAUUGAACUCCUUUCGGAGCACUUUGCCCAAUGGAGCUACCAUAUAUCUUUUCCUGAGCUGGCAACAACUCCACUUAUCCACCUCAAGAAGCUCUUUGAGAGAACUUCUAUUGAGAAUUUCAGACGUGUUAUCAAGCGUUUCAUUGACCAGGUAGAGAUGAAUAUUGACUUGAUGCAAAAGAAAAGAGAAGAGGUGCCUUUCUCACCAAAAGAUCAGCAGUCUGUUGAAUCAUUUCUUCAGGUUGAAAAGCGUACUGGCAGUACUCCAUUUACACAAUACUAUAAAAGCAUCAUGGGCAAGGCUGCUUCGAGGAAAAUGAUUUCAAAGAGAAAGUCUCCUGGCAAAGGAAAGAAGAAAAUGCAACAUCCAAAUGGCAAUGUUGAUGUGACCGCUGCUGAUUCUUGAUAGAAUCAUUGCUUUCAUGCUUUUUGCGAUCUGAUUCUACACGAGGUUGAAGAAAGCGGUUUCUACUAUCUGUAGUCUUAUACACCUUGCUUUAGGUUUAGAAGACCAGGUAGAAUGUAAACGUUCAAGAAAAAUCCAAUUUUAUUCAUUAGUUUCAACUAGCGUUAUUUUGAAAUAUUGGUUCUCGAGUUUUAUGUGUUGUCUCCUCAGGCUUUAAAGGAAAAGUAAUUCGAGAACGCAGUUAAAAAUUUUGCAAUUUCUAUAUGGCAAAGUUGUAGGUUACUGGGUGUUGGUAUCUGCUUGCAAAUUCAAUACAUUCUUACAUUGAGGGAUGAAAGACGUUUCAGCACCUACAAAAGAAUGAUUUGACUCAAAAAAUGUCAUUUGCUUAAAAAGUGAAUGAAAUGUAAGCAAAAUUAGGGUAGUUCUCCACUUUUACUUUUAUUUAGGUUUAGUUUUCUAAUUUUAUUUUAUUUUUUUAUGCAUUUUGGUGUU